GAACUUGGUCCGCCGGAAGCGUCGCCGUGGCGUACUUACAUGGUCCUUUGUCUGAGCCUCUAUUCCCUCCUUCCAUCUCGUUUGUGCGACACCAACGCGACGAUGAGCUCAAGCAAAGUGCUCACCCCACGUCCCCCAUUGAACCGCGCGCGAAAGGAAGCACAAGCAGCUCGUCGUCGACAAAUUCGCGCCGUGAUACUUGUCAUCCUCGCAGCUUGCGGCCUAUACAUGUUGUCCCAGUCGCAGUUGGCGGUGGCGACAAGCACGUCGCUUGUUGGAGCGUGUCGGAGUCUCUCGGGAGGAACGUUUACAUCUAUCUUAGACCCCAAGCAAUCGCCUCAUUCAUGGGACCUUCCAAACAAUCUCACCAUUUCAACCUGCCAGCCGUGGACAAACCAGCGGGCAGUCUAUCGAAACCCAGAGGAGAACGAGGAGAGUAAUGCAGGCCCGUUGACCGCCUUUGCCGCAGAAACGCGCAUUUUUAUUCCCCAACGAGCGUUGAAUGACAGCAUCGUCCUCCUUCGCCGAACCCGUGGGCCAACUUCAAAGACCGUUCAGGAGACGGGGAAGGUAGCCUACAUGCAGGCGCCUCCAGAGACAGACUCAGAUUCCGAAAUCGAGACAAUUUUUGACCAAGACGAUGUCCCGGUUCAUGUUGGCGUCUACCAUUCAGACCCCCAGGUCCUUGACGGACUGCGCGUUUGCACACUGGCGAAGGAAGACGAGCCGGAAUCUAUAGUCGGUUUCGGGGUAUUCCGGGACACGACCUACGACCGGAAUCAAUGCCUCGCAUUGCUGGACGUAUUACGCGUCCACAAACCAGAAGUGACCCGAUGGAUGCACGUUGUCAACCAAUUGGUGUUUCCUCGCCCAGAUGGGGACGACUCAGAUCCCCUGGUUGUAAAUGGCCUAUUGAGCGACUUCGGGGGCGAGUACGAGCAGGAUUUUUCGCCCAUUUGGGACAGUAGCGAAGCACGAAUUGUCUUCAACUCGCUGGAUGUGGAUGGGAAGAAAGCCAGUGGGCCCGUUGUAUAA